AGUAUACAUAUAGGAGAGAAACCUCAUAAAUGUAACCAAUGUGGUAAAUCCUGUGCAUCUAACAGUGAUCUACUAAGACAUAAAGGAACUCACACUGGAGAAAAACCUUAUGAAUGCAAUCAAUGUGGAAAAGCCUUUGUACGUAACAGUAGUCUCCUAGUACAUAAAAGAACUCACACUGGAGAGAAACCUUAUGAAUGUAAUCAAUGUGGUAAAGCCUUUGUAUGUAACAGUCAUCUCCUAAGACAUAAAAGAACUCAUUCUGGAGAGAAACCUUAUGCAUGUAACCAGUGUGGUAAAGCCUUUGCAUGUAACAGUCAUCUCCUAAGACAUAAAAGAACUCAUUCUGGAGAGAAACCUUAUGAAUGUAACCAGUGUGGUAAAGCCUUUACAUGUAACAGUAGUCUCAUAGUACAUAACAGAGCUCACACUGGAGAGAAAGCUUAUGAAUGUAACCAAUGUGGUAAAGCCUUUGUCUGUAACAGUCAUCUAAGACAUAAAAGAACUCAUUCUGGAGAGAAACCUUAUGCAUGUAACCAGUGUGGUAAAGCCUUUGCAUGUAACAGUAAUCUUUUAAUACAUAAACGAACUCACACUGGAGAGAAACCUUAUGAAUGUAACCAAUGUGGGAAAGCCUUUGCAUAUAACAGUAGUCUCCUAGUACAUAAAAGAGCUCACACUGGAGAGAAAUCUUAUGAAUGUAACCAAUGUGGUAAAGCCUUUACAUGUAACAGUAGUCUCAUAGUACAUAAAAGAAAUCACACUGGAAAGAAACCUUAUAAAUGUAACCAAUGUGGUAAAGCCUUUGCAUAUAAUAGUGUUCUCCUAAGA